UUUCCACAUUAGCGUUUGUCGUUAUUUAGCCGUGCAUGAACACAUUGUAAUUCAAAAUAUGACACAUUUAACAGCAUAACAUACACCAGGUAGUGUCUAAUUCACGUUGGAGACCGGACUUGGUUGAUAAUUGUUCUCGGUAACUACUAACGUUAGCUAGCGAACAAUGGAUCAAUGUAUGGUUUUUCACACUCAAAUAGCCUCCAUCAUGGAGGUACUAGCGAAUGCAGCCGUGGCAGAGAUCUGUAAACUCGUAGACGACGACUAUGCAGUGUUUCGUUUGGAAAUCACUCAAAGCCAGAAAGAAAACCGGGCAAUGCGGAGGAAACUACAGCUACUGGAACUGAAGGUAUCACGGGAGCGCGUCCUCGCCAGUCGUCCCAGAAGUGUCAAGAUCCUCGACCGAUACAGAGGAAUGGCAAGAGGUGAAGGACAUCUCACUGGAGGCCACAGGAGCUUUGUGAAGCCAGCGGGACACAAUACAUGGCGAGAUGACCAACCAAUCACUGUUAAUGAGGGGAGUGAAACCUCAACCCAGCAUGUUAUUGUGAUAGAGUCGGCACAUGCAGAGGCCUCAGGUCCUGGAAGAUUCUCUCUGGUCAAGCAGGAGAGGACUGAAGGAGAGGACCCACGAGACGGCAGACACAUCCAGACUGGAGAAGAGGCUGGAGUGGAACUCCCUUCGCCCCAGCCCAGGACCCGACGAAACAUCACUGAGGAGGAGGAAGAAGGUCCAGAGGUGCAGCUGGUAAAGGAGGAGGGUUUGGGGAACCCUGAGGGGACCAUGGUCAUGGAGGACAACCAGACUACACCUCCUCCUGAACCCACAGAGGAACCAGCUGAGCAGCACAGGACCACACACAGUCUCACUGAGUCAGUAGACAUGGAUGAUGGGAAGCCUGAUCUGCUGAUAGUCAAAGAGGAGACAAUAGAAGACGGACCCGAGAGCAUUGAUCUGCUGAGUGGACUAAAGAUGGGGGCGCAAGGUGAUUGGAUGGAGGCUAAAAGAGGAGACUGGACAGCCAUCUCUGAUUCCCAGACCGGUGCAGCCAAGGGCCCAGGGGACAACAUCACAGAGCAGGCCAGGACCAGAGGCGAGGUCAGUGGAUGGGACAGCGUCCUCAACUCUAGGCUGGGGAACAACAUUGUUAACCAGAAACAGACAGUCGAACACAAAACAACAACCGAAUUUAGUCUCCAUGCCAACAGACUGGCAGAGACCAGGGCGAGGUGUAGAUUUGGUCUGUGGGGACGGGGAGGUGUCCGUAUGUGGAGGGAGAGAACAGACACAGACUCUGCUAACGAUGCUCCGUCCUGCUCCUAUAGUUGUGAUUCAGAGAGACUGAUGGCACCUCAGGUUAAGCCCCUAGCAGGUGCUGGCUUCAGCCUGCCUUCUAUAGGAUCUAUCAACUGGAACAUGGACCCUGCGACAACACAGACACUCCCUGGCUUUCAUGCUCCUCACACUCUCCUAUUAAACCAGACCUCAGACAAUGCCAGUGUCUCAACACUAAAUGGCUACACAAGCCCAUUGACCAAUGACAGUAGUAGAGAUGGAAUCAGUAAAGGUGGCAGCGCCAAAGAGAAGCGCUUCCCAUGUUCAUUCUGUGGGAAAGCCUUCAGUUUCCCCAAACAUGUGGAGAUCCACCAGAGGAUACACACUGGGGAGAAACCGUUCGGCUGUAGCCAGUGUCACAUGCGCUUUGCCCAGGCUGGCCACCUGAAGAGGCACCAGAGAGUCCACACAGGGGAGAAACCCUACAGCUGCCCCCAGUGUGAGAAAAGGUUCUCCCACCAGCAUCAGCUGAAGCUGCACCAGAGAGUCCACACAGGGGAGAAACCCUACAGCUGCCAUCAGUGUGAGAAAAGGUUCUCCCACCAGCACCAUCUGAAGAUGCACCUGAAGGUCCACACGGGAGAGAGGCCGUUCGCCUGUACGCACUGCGGGAAGAGGUUCUCAGAGAAGAGCUCUCUCAGGAUACACCAGCAGAAAAUGCACACAGCCCAUGUAUAGAGUAUAGUGAUAUGUAGUACUAAUUAUUUUGUUUGCAGUUAAUUAUGUUGGUUUUGGAUGUAUAGGGAACUGGAUGAGGUGAACUGAGGAAAGACUGAGUAUGAUGAGACAGAGUAAAUUAUAUGGUGAUGGUGUUUGUAAAUAUGCUUCACCGAUGAAGAGUGACAACUCUGUCCCUUUAGGUUAAUACUGGUGUUUUAUAAUAAGGAAAUGAUAGUGCCUUAAUUCAUGUUUACUUUAAAUAAAGUAGUGAUGUGUGUAAUGUUGAACCUUUUCCAAAGUACUUUAAAAUGUAAUUUAUCAAAGCAAGGGUACCAGAUUUACAUAAGUUAUUCUGCACUGAACAAAAUAAAUGCAUCAUGUAACAACUUCAAAAAUGUUACUGAGUUAAAAUGAA